AUGAAGUGUGUGCUCUAUAUCCUCACUGUGCUGCUCCAAGUUGCUACGCACUUAGCAGUAGCAGCCCCAAUUGAGGUAACCCCAGGUACCGACCUUUCUCUGGAAGAGAGAAUGAAGAACCCUGCCCCUACGUCUAUUCCGGGGGUGCCGGGCAGUGUUGCUGCUGCCGCUGCUGCCGUCGCCGCUUCUGGUGGUACUGCAAAGGAUGCUGCUGCCGCUGCUGCUGCUGCUGCCGCCGCCUCUGGUGGAGGUAAGGGAGGGGGUGCCGCCGCUGCUGCCGCUGCCGCUGCCGCCACUGCUGGGGGUAGUGGAGCGAAUGUAGCCGCCGCCGCCGCUGCUGCUGCUGCUGCCUCCUCUGGAGGUGACGGAGGAGCUGUCGCUGCCGCCGCCGCCGCUGCCGCUUCAGCUGGAGGAAACGGAGGAGCUGCUGCUGCUGUCGCUGCCGCUGCCGCCGCGUCUGCUGGUGGCAGUGGAGGGGAAGUUGUCACCGUCUCUGUUGCUGUUUCAGUCGCUACUGCGGGUGGUAGUGGUAAGGACGUCGCAGCGGCUGCUGCAGCGGCUGCUUCUGCCUCUGGUAGCGGAGGAAAUGCGGCUGCGGCUGCCGCUGCCGCCGCCGCUUCUGCUGGUAAAGGCGGAAAGGAAGUCGCUGCCGCCGCCGCUUCAGCCGCUGCUGGUGGUGGCUCUGGCGCUGGCGCUGGCGCAGGCGCUGGUGGCUCUGACUGCAAGAUCUCCAAGCCAUUCUUCUACUACAAACACCCGACUCGUUUCAGCCGUCGUCUUGAGAAAGCUCAGUCUGGAGAUCAAUUCCAGUCUCUCUGCAAACAUAAGGACUGGUACAAAACUCCGAAAGGAUGGGCCAAGCAGGAGUUUAAGCCCCACGGCUGCCCUGAGCCAAUCAAGACAUGCUAA